CGUCGCUACCCGGGCACCCACACUCGUUACCAGUACCAUACUUACUUGUAUUUGCCCUCUUCUCGCCCUCGUUACCACCAACUACAUACAUACUGUAUCUAUCCACCAGAUCAUAAGCCCACAUCACACGAACCGCACCACUCGAACAACAUGCGUUACUCCAUCCUGACUCUGGCGCCAUUCGUGGCUGCUGCAUACGCACAAGAGACCACUCCCGCUGCCGCUGUCGCCGCCGACGAGUCCACCUCCACCACCAUCCCGCCGUAUAGCAACACCAUGACCAACUUCUUGACCGAGACCAACUCGUACGGUGUCGUGACAGGCAUGCCAGCCCUCAGCAAUGGAUAUGCUCCGGUGGCAGAGACUUCUCAGCCUGCAGUAGCGACCAUUCCUGCGGGUCUCGCGUCGGGCUCCGUGUACACUUUGGCAUACGGCAACGCGAGCUCCUUCACCAUCUCUGUUGGAAGCUCUACUACCUAUGUCCUCGGCGAAGCGCCCACUGGCAUUGUCCUUCCCCCGGGCGCUCCAGCUGGCACCGCAGCCGGCACCACAACCGGCGCUGCAACCGGCGCCACUGAGGCUCCUUCUGGCUCUGGCUCUGGCUCGAGCAGAGGCCAAAGUGGUACCAGGACUUCUUCUGGAUCUGCCUCUGGCACCGGAAACGAAGCCAGUGCCACGUCUUCGGGAGCAGCAUGCGCAAACAUCAAGGCUGCAUCAGGCGCAGUGUUGGGCUUUGGUGCGCUCAUGGCAUUCGCAUUGUAGAAAGCUUGUUCCGCGAGGAGUUCUUCUGGGCGAGAGAGCCGUGAAUCAUUCAUACUGGAGGCACGAGACGCUGUGAAUGACUGCGGAAAGUUCAUGUACUUAUACCCUCUUUGUGCGCGCUUAGUAGCAUGUACCGGACAUGCGUAUAAUGAUUCUUCCGGUGCCAUGUUAGUUUCCUG